GCCAAUUUUCUGUUCACAAACAUCUUCCAAGUGUAUUAUUACUUCAGCAGAUGAUAUAGAUGUACUCCAAAGGGUGGUGCAGAGAUUUAUCCAAUAGGAAUUACACACUAAAUCGUUUAUGAAUGUGAGGGGGAAAACAAGUCCAUCCAAGGAAUACAUCUGGCAAACAAAAGGCUGCAUGUUGAUCCAGACAGACCGGUUGAGGCUGGAUUCAGUGAAGCACCCCAGCUGGAGGACCCUUAUCUCCUUGUCCUCAUCUGAACAUCUGAACUCGUGAGGAGAUAUACAUACGCAUGUGAAGAGACAGGCAGACUCACAGCUGAGGACGUGAUAUCAUUUAACAUUCUUAUUUAUUAAUCUUUCUAGGUUGCUGCCCGCUGGUUGAGAAUCGCUAUAUUAUUAGACCAAAUCCGUCUGUGUUAUUUCUCCAUCUGUUUGAGUUGUUUCCUCUUUCUCUCAGUUUAACUUCAUUUCUUUUGCUCUGCUCUAAUUUCUCUCUCGACCUCUUGACCUCUCGACCUUCUCUGUCCUCACAAAGGCUAGAAAUGACAGAGUCAUCAUUAUUGUUCUGAAGCGUGAUGGCGAUGAGAUCAUCUGCUCCUGGUUUCCUAUAAAUGACUGAAACCAUCAUUCUGCCGAUAGUGAUGGAGAGGAGAGCAUGUGCUCCUGGUUCUCAGUGGGAUUCUCUGCUCAAGUACUGCGUCUCCCACAGAUCCCUGGGACUGACGCCAUCAGAGGCUCCUCCGCUGGUGCUGAAGCCGGUGCACAGCAGCAGAGGUCUGGAUGAGUCUUCAUCCUCAUCCUCGUCCUCGUCCUCCAUCAGUCCUAGUGUGUGGAUCUGUGUCGGGCUGCUCGUGAGUGUGUCGGUUCUGGUGCUUCUGCUUUGGUUCAUCAUCUACAGACGCCACACCAGGACCUCACAGAGCACAGGUGAAAAGGACUCUACGCCCCAAACCCCGACAACCACAGAACAGGACGAGGAGGCCCUGUCAACUUGGCCGCAUGUCAGUGGUGACACACAGGAAAUCCCAAUCAAAGAGGGAGCCUGUGGGCGGAGCCUGUGUAAUGGAUGGGCAGAGCAUGGGCUGCCACUUCCUGCCACAGAACUGGGAGACUCCGCCCUCGUCACCACUAAAACCGGACAAUCUGUGUAAGUCUGAAGAGUAAUGUGAACAGCAGAAUUAAUACACAGGGUAAAUAAUCCAACAUACCAGUUGUACACUUGAUAUGAAUCCAGCUCGUAUUCAUAUUCACUUCAAACGAUAGACCUCAUGUAAUCAAAAAUCCAGUUCCUGUGGCUCUCAGUUCAUGCCCAUGUCAGAGAACUUAACAUGGAUGGAGAUGCAGAAAACGAUUCACCAGCAGUGGCAUCUGUCAGUCCUCAACAAAACAUUUUAAAGAUGAAUAUUUGCUUGAGUAUAUUUUGGGAGAUCUCCAGAACACAGAUGAGAGUCCUAUUUUGAACAUUAAUGUUUACUUGGCUUUGUGAUGAAUUGCUUAUGUUCCGCUCGCUUUGGAUAAAGUGUCUGCUAAUUGCAUAAAAACAGAUGUUUUUUUUUUUUUUUUCACUGAUUGUUCAUUAAUGAGCCAAUUUGGUUAAUAAACCAUCUAAAUAAAAUACAGUUUGUUCUUUUAUUGACUAUGUGAGUAAGAAGCAGUUCAUACAUCAUUCAUGUUACAAUAAACACAUUCAGAAUGAAUAAAUGAUAGAAUAAA